AUGGCUCCCACACAGCAGGCUGCGUGGAGGAACGCUCCCACCGCAGAGGAUAUUGCGCGCCGUCAGACUGUUGGCAUUAACAAGGAAACUGUCACAAACAUUUCCUCCACCGAUUAUCCCGGACACCACCCCGGCGAGGAUAAUGAGUACACUCUUGAUCGCUUCCGCGAUGCCUUCUCGGUGAACUUCCACCAGAACGACCAGUUCCUCUCCUCUUUCUCACUUGUCGGGAUCGACGCCUCGCUCGCAAACGCUUUCCGCCGUAUCCUCCUCUCCGAGAUUCCUACCCUCGCCAUCGAGAACGUCUACAUCGAAAACAACACCUCCGUUAUCCAGGACGAGGUUCUCGCCCACCGACUUGGUCUUAUUCCCUUCAAGGGUGGUCGCGAGGGUCUGCACAACUUCCUCAAGUGGCACAAGAAGCCAGAGGCUGGUGACGAUCCUUAUGCAGGCUGCUUCGACUGGAACACGGUCCGCCUCGAGCUCAAUGUGACAUGUACCGUCAACGAGGAGGCUUCGCCUGCCGAGAACGACCCUCUCAAGGCGUACCACAAUGCCCACGUUUAUGCGCGCGACAUUGUCUUUGUGCCCACUGGCAGACAGGCCGAAUACUUUAGCGGCGAGAACGCCAUUGCGCCCACGAACCCUGAUAUCUUGAUUGCCAAGCUGCGACCCCGACAGACCAUCAACCUUGCUAUGCACAUGCACAAGGGUAUUGGAUCCGACCACGCCAAGUUCUCUCCCGUCGCGACAGCCUCUUACCGUCUCCUACCAACCAUUACGAUCACCCAGCCCAUCAUGGGAGCCGACGCUGAAAAGUUUGCCAAGUGUUUCCCCAAGGGUGUUAUUGGACUUGAGAAGGUUACAGCCGAGGAUGCCGCAAAGACCGGCAGCGGUUAUGAGGGCCACAAGGGCGAGACCAAGGCGGUGGUCGUCGACGCCAUGAAGGAUACUGUCAGCCGUGAGGCUCUCCGCCACGAAGAAUUCCAGGGCAAGGUGAAGCUUGGCCGAAGACGGGAUCACUUUAUCUUCUCCAUCGAGAGCACGGGGCAGUGGGACAGCGAUGAGCUCUUCCUCGAGUCAGUUAAGCAUCUAAAGCUCAAGUGUAAGAAGCUCGAGCAGCAAGUUAUCAACAUGGCGCGGUAA